AUGGUGGAAAAAUUAAAGGCCAAGAAUCCCAAAUUGAUCUAUGUAUGCGAUACGGUAAUGGGUGAUGGAGGUGCCAUGUAUGUAGCACCGGAGAUAAUUCCAUUGUAUAGAAACAUUAUGCGUUUGGCUGAUGUAGUGACACCAAAUCAAUUCGAAGCUGAACUCUUGACUGAGACGAAAAUCAGUUCAUUGACAGAUGCCUGUUUGGUCGCUAAAAAGUUACAUGCAUUGGGAUCAGCACAUGUUGUCAUUACCACAUUGUCUAUCCCACUUGAGCUUGUGCCCUUGGAUGUGCAUUUAGAUUCAACCUGUGAAAAAUCAUUAUAUUGCUUUACCAGCCAAGUAAUGGCAGAUGGGACCAUUGAUCAACAUAUUAUUGCGUUCCCUACAUUCGAAGGCUAUUUCACCGGAACUGGUGAUUUGUUCUCUUCAUUGGUUGUUGCUAGGUUACAAGAAUCCAUGGAUAAAGCUGUCGAUCGAGUUCCUUGUUUGAUUGAUGCAGCCUAUCGUGUUAUUUGCACCGUUAAUGCAAUCACAAAGAAGACUUUUGUCUAUCAACAAAGAUUAUUGGCUGGAAAUCCAGAACCUGCGAAAAUUGCUAGAAUUCGUGAAUUACAUUUAAUCCAAGGAAAAAAAGAAAUUGAAGAGCCUGAACGUAUUGGUUUGGGCGUCGUAAAGAAAAUUAGAGUUAAAUCAUAG